AGGGAGCUUUGAUUGGAGAAGUCCUUGAGAAAAAAUGGGAAACCCAGCGUUCUCUUUUUUCCUCUCUAUAUAACACUUUAAUGAGCUCUGAUUCGAGACACAGAAAAAGAAGAGAGCCAUUUCUUUGAUGGCGGAUAAGAAGAGCAAGAAGAUGCCACUGAGCCUCAACGACCGUCAUUAUCGCCUCCUUCAAGACUUCUCCGCUCCUCCUAAACCAUCCUCCCACGAUGAUGAUAUUCCCCAAUUCUCAGGGAUCACCGAUUUCGAUUCUCCUCUUGAAGAAAGAGAAGCGAAGCCCUUGAAGGUCCACGACAACAGCCACGACGAUGAGAGUAUUCCCCAAUUUUCUGGGAUCACUGAUUAUUUUCCUCUCGAGAAAGAAAAGCUCACUAAGGUUAAGAUCGAAGGUAGGCGGCGUUUGUGUAAAGUUUCAACUGCAGAUGGCAAUGGCAGUGGUAAUGAAGUGGCGAUUGAUGAGCCAAGAUUUAACGAUUUCACUGAUUUUGAUUCGCCGCCACUCAAAGUUGUGGGCGAUGGUGUCGGUGAAAAUAGGGGUGGAAAUGAGAUUAGGGAUAUCCUCAACGAUUUGAGCGCUAAGUUUGAUUUUCUGUCCAUUGAGAAGAAUCAGUUUCCAAAGAGGUUUGAACCAGUUGGGGAUGGUUUAAAUAUAAUGAAAGAGAAAGAAAUGAGUGCAGAGAAGAAACUUGAUUUGCCCGAAUAUGCAAGUGCAGGGUCUUCUUUUUCACUUGCAUCUGACACAUCCGACUCCUCGUCGGAUGUAAUUAAGGGUGCUGGAGAUGAGAUUAAGAAUGUUGCAAUAGAGCAUGAGGAGCAAAGUCAUUUUGGAAAUGUUACCAAUUGUGAUAACGUACAUGGAGUGAAGAAAAAUUAUGAAAAGCCAUAUAGAUAUGAACCUGGAAGUGUGGGUAGGGAAUUAAUGUCCAGGGGGCAUCCUUUUGUAACUGAAAUUGAAGAGAAGGGGCUUAAAAAUAUGGAUGGUAGUUUUGAGGAUGGGGUACAUGGGAUGAAGAAACAUGGUGGAGUAAUGAAAGAUGAUCCUCAACCUCGAAGAAUUGAUAAGAAGUUAGUGCAUGUGCAACAAUCGUUUGUGUCUAAAGUUGAAGAAAAUGGCGAUGAAGAGGAUGAUUGUGUUGUUUUGAGUGGUCACAAAAUGGUUAAUGUGGUGAAGGGGCAUGGGGAGAAGUUCAAGGAUGAGUCUGAUGAUUCAGAUGGUGUUGAUGUGUUGGGAGAUUGUACAGAUGAUUAUGGCUUGGAGAAGGACGGUUCUAUUAAAUUGAGUGGUCCAAAAUCUACAUACAAGUUGCCUAGUAAGAUUGCCAAAAUGUUGUAUCCGCAUCAGCGUGAUGGGUUAAGGUGGCUAUGGUCUCUGCAUUGUCAGGGUAAGGGUGGAAUCUUAGGGGAUGACAUGGGUCUGGGGAAGACAAUGCAGAUUUGUGGCUUCUUAGCUGGAUUAUUUCAAUCACGUUUGAUUAAGAGGGCAAUGGUUGUGGCCCCCAAAACGCUGAUCCCCCAUUGGAUCAAAGAAUUAUCAGCUGUGGGUCUCUCUCAGAAAAUAAGAGAGUACUACGGGACUUGUCCAAAAGCUCGACAGUAUGAGCUCCAGUAUAUACUUCAGGAUGGAGGUGUUCUUCUCACAACUUAUGAUAUUGUACGGAACAACUCAAAAUCUUUGAGGGGGGACUACUAUGAUGACGAGGGAGGUGAAGAUAGUGUUACUUGGGAUUAUAUGUUACUUGAUGAGGGACAUCUUGUAAAGAAUCCUAGUACACAGAGAGCUAAAAGUUUGCUUGAGAUACCAAGUGCUCAUCGUAUUAUUAUCAGCGGCACACCACUACAAAAUAAUCUGAAGGAACUGUGGGCGUUAUUCAACUUUUGUUGUCCUGAACUACUGGGUGACAAGCAAUGGUUCAAGGAAAAAUAUGAGCAUGCAAUUCUACGUGGAAAUGAAAAAAAGGCUUCUGAUAGGGAAAAGCGUAUUGGUUCAGCAGUUGCAAAGGACCUAAGAGAACGUAUUCAACCUUAUUUUUUGCGUCGCUUGAAGAGCGAGGUAUUUAGUGAAGAUAAUGCCAAAACAACCACCAAACUUUCUAAGAAGAAUGAGGUUAUCGUGUGGCUAAGAUUAACCAGUUGCCAGAGACAACUUUAUGAAGCCUUUUUGAAGAGUGAGCUGGUUCUUUCAGCUUUUGAUGGCUCGCCACUGGCUGCACUUACGAUUCUGAAAAAAAUAUGUGAUCAUCCACUUCUCUUGACAAAGAGAGCUGCUGAAGAUGUACUGGAAGGGAUGGAGUCGAUCUUAAAACCAGAGGAUGUCAACAUGGCUGAGAAGUUGGCCAUGCACAUUGCUGAUGUUGCUGAGACCAAGGACUUGGAAGAGAACCAUGAUAAUGUCUCGUGCAAAAUAGUCUUUAUAUUGUCUUUAUUGGAUAACUUGAUACCCGAGGGGCAUAGUGUUCUUAUCUUUUCUCAAACUCGUAAGAUGCUUAAUCUUAUUCAGGAGUCAAUAAUAUCCAAAGGGUACAAAUUUCUACGCAUUGAUGGUACCACAAAAGCUGGUGACAGACUAAAAAUUGUUAAUGAUUUUCAAGAAGGUGUAGGGGCUCCCAUAUUUCUCUUGACAUCUCAAGUUGGUGGUCUAGGCCUUACGCUAACCAGAGCAGACCGCGUGAUUGUAGUUGAUCCUGCUUGGAAUCCCAGUACGGAUAACCAAAGUGUUGACCGUGCAUAUCGAAUAGGGCAAAAGAAGGAUGUCAUUGUAUACAGAUUAAUGACCUGUGGAACUGUUGAGGAAAAGAUAUAUAGAAAGCAGAUCUUCAAAGGAGGAUUGUUUAAAACUGCAACUGAGCACAAAGAACAAAUUCGGUACUUUAGCCAGCAGGACCUUCGAGAGCUGUUCAGUAUCCCAGCUCAGGGGUUUGAUGUCUCUGUUACCCAGCAGCAGUUACAUGAAGAGCAUGAUUGCCAACAUAUAAUGGAUGCCUAUUUGAAAGCCCACAUUGGGUUUUUGGAAACUCAAGGUAUCGCAGGAGUUAGUCACCACAGUUUGCUCUACUCCAAGACAGCACCUGUUCAAGUUAUACAGGAAGAUGAGGAAGUGAUUAGCAGAAAAGGGCCUACAUUUGUGGGAUCUUCACGAUCAAGUUCUUCACAUGAACACAUUGUUGAUGGGGCUGCGGAGUAUGCUUUCAACCCAAAGGAUGUAAACUUGAAUAAGAAGAGUUCUUCCCCUAACAUCGUGGGUGAACCAACAGGACUUCAAAUUAAAGACAAAAUUAAUCGUCUAUCUCAAAUUCUUGCAAAUAAGGCCAUGGUUGACAGGUUACCAGAUAAGGGAGAAAAGUUACGGAAGCAGAUUGCUGAACUAAAAUCAGAGCUCUAUAAAAUUAGUGAAGCAGAAAGAACUGAAAACAAAGUUAUCGAUUUGGAUGAUUUAAGUGGGGAAUUUCAAGCAGUUUUGAAUGUAUAGAUCAUAAUUAAAUGGAAACUUCUGAAAGG